GGCUCGCUGAGCCGCUCGUUCCCGCAGGUGGAGGCGAGGUGGCGCGGAACCGGUACCAAGUGGUCCGGUACCGAGCGGAGGUGACCUGGUGUCAGGUAAUAGAUCAUUAAACAUCAAGAUGUCUUCAGUACCUGAACCACCAUCCAUUAAAAAGGAACCACCCAAAGAGAAAGACUUUCCAAACCCAGGCCUCAGAGGGGUCCGCACAACCACUUUGUUUCGAGCUGUGAAUCCAGAGCUCUUCAUUAAGCCUAACAAACCUGUAAUGGCUUUCGGAUUGAUAACUCUCUCACUCUGUGUGGCUUAUAUUGGUUAUCUGCAUGCAACACAAGAGAAUAAAAAGGACCUCUAUGAAGCUAUUGAUAGUGAGGGGAACAGUUCUAUGAGGAGGAGAACAUCUAAGUGGGAUUAAUAGUGUUGCUUGCUACAGAUGGAGCUUGAUGAAGAGCUCUGAAAUCUCUACCUUCCCGAGAGUGCAGUGUCGUGUUUGGAAAGUGUCUGGAAAGUCUUGCUGAGGAAAGGGAAGAAGGAAAUUGCUGCAUCCAGGCCUCUGCACUGAAUUAUGUCCUUUUCACAGCUGCAGCAAUGCUCUUGUUCUUUUCCCACUGAGAGAGCUCCUCAAUAUUUAUCUUCUGUGGAAUUCUCUCAUAAGAGUGCCAUGUAAAUGAAUCUUUUUUUGGUUGUUAAUUAGUAAGUUCUUUAUAAUUAAAGUUUUGAGU